UGAUGUAACCAUCUAACAGGGUGACUAUAUAUCCUAAUUUGUCCAGGAUACUCCCUGUUUAUGGCUAUUGUCCCACUAUAAUUAUAAAACAGCACACCCUUUAUUUCUAAAACUUAUUGGAAAUAAAUUAUAUAAUUACUCUAUGAAUUUUUCUUUCCAAAAAAACUGAAUCUAAAUCUAAUAAAGCUCUACCAAUUCAAGUUCUCAAUUCUGGCUACAGACUGAAUCACUUGGGAAAAUUUUUUAAAAUAUUGAUGCCUAGAAUCCACCCAUGAAUUCUGAUUUAAUUCAUCUGAGAUGUAACCUGAGAAUCAGGGUAUUUAAAAGCUCUCCAGGUAAUUCUCAAGUUUCAGCCAAAGUUGAGAACUACUGCUCCAUAUGUAACUACUAAUUUGUGGGAAAUAUGAAGGGUAAUUGAACAUGUUAAGACACCACAAGAAUUCAAGCAGCCAAAUCCAGAAUGUGGGAAAUUCUCCUGAACAAAUGACCUAGUUUUUACAACAAAGAAAUAGCAUGGGGAAAAGUUCAGGGUGUAUACAGUAGGGAGGAAGAUGGUUGAAGUUAAGAGAAAUUUAAGAGGCAGAUAAACCAAAUAAAAUGGUAAAUCUUAUAUGGAUAGUGAUUUAAAAACAAACCAACUAUAAGAAAACAUUUAGAGAAUCAAAGAAAUCUGAACAGACUGGAUUAAGGAACUCUUAACUUUACUAGGUAUGGUAGUAUUGGAGUUGUUUCAUGUUAAAUUCUUACUUAUUAAAUAUACAUACGUAAGUAUGUAUAGAUUAAACGAUGUGAUUCUUGAGAUUUCUUUAAAAAUAUUUCAACUAGGGCACCUGGGUGGCUCAGUCAGUUAAGCAUCUGACUCUUGAUUUCAGCUCAGGUCAUGAUCUCACAGUUCAUGGGUUUAAGCCCAACACAGGGCUCUGCACUGACAGUGUAGAGCCUGCUUGGGAUUCUCUCUCUCCCCUCUCUCUCUGCCCCUACCCUGCUCUCUCACAAAAUGAAUAAAUUUGAAAAAUUAAAAUAUUAAAAAUAAUUUUUAAAAAUUUAAUAAAAAUUAAAUAAAAUUAUCUCAAUAAAAAAAGAGGCAGGGGCACAUGGGUGGCUCAGUCAGUUUAGCAACCAACUUCAGCUCAGUUAAUGAUCUCACGGUUCAUGAGACCCUCUGUCCCCCUCUCUCUGCUCUUCCCCCAUUUAUGCUUUCUCUCUCUCAAAAAUACACAUUAAAAAAAAAGUUGGAUGACACAGGAAUAGCAAAAUGUUGAUAACUGUUCAGUUGUCAAAGCUGAGUAAUAGGAAUAUGGGGUUUCAUUGUACCAAUCUAUAUUUUAUAUUCUAUAUUAAUAUCAAAUUAUGAAACAGAAUAAAAGGGUUUUGUUUUUGUUUUUUGUUUGGUUUUUUGUUUUGUUUUGUUUUGGUUUUUUUGCCUAUAAAUGUGCAGUAUGCAUGUGAGGUCAUAUAUAUGUGUGUGUGUGUAUAUACAUAUAUGUGUGUAUACAUGUAUGUGUAUAUAUAUAUGUAUAUGUGUGUAUAUAUAUAUAACUUAAAACAUUUCAAACCAACACGUUGAGAGAUGUAAAGAAAGAUAAACACAUAUGAUCCUUGGCCUCCAAGAGUAUUGGGUAGUCCAUGUUCGAUAGAAAAGGGUUGCUCAGGUACUAUCUUUGGUCAAGGGAAGGUAGAUAACUUAAGCUUCCAGGAGGCCAGAAAAAUAAUAAGAAUGAAAUUAAAAUACUACUAUGCAUAUUCCCUAAGUAUAAAUGUGUGUGGGUGUUAUUAUCCCAAUAUUGCUCAACACCAGAGAUUGUACCAUAACCUGACUUUGAGAAGCCCAUGCUCUAUUAGAUUGAGGCAUAUGAAAAUGCAUUUUUGGCUCUUUGAGAAAGACAUGGUCACAGCUACAACGGAGCUCCAGGCACCCAGCUCCUGUUCCUGACUCACCACUGCUCACUUCUGCCCAAGAACAAGUCAGUCAGGAAGCUACGCCACAGCCAUGGCUUUUCAAGACACCGGGAAGACCGUGGAACCAGAAGUGGCAAUUCACUGAAUCAGAAUCACUCUAACCAGCUGCAAUGUAAAAUCUUUGGAGAAGGUAUGUGCUGACUUGAUUAGAGGUGCAAAGGAAAAGAAUCUAAAAGUGAAAGGACAAGUUUGGAUGCCUACCAAGACCCUGAGAAUCACUACAAGAAAAACUCUUUGUAGUAAAGGUUCUAAGACUUGUGUCUGGGAGCGCCUGGGUGGCUCAACUUGUGUCUGUUUUCAAAUGAGGAUCCACAAGCGACUCACUGAUUUGCACACAGUGCUUCUGAGAUUAUUAAAGCAGAUUAAGAUUACUUGCAUCAGUAUUAAACCAGGUGGUGAGGUUGAAGUCACCAUUGUACAUGCUUAA